AUGCCGUUCAUGGGAAGUUCCACAUCUGCCGCCCAAUUUUUCACGUUGCCUUUUCGUCGGAAGAAACAACGGUGAGUCAUUUCUCAAUUUAUUUUUGGUUUGAGUUUUUUGAUAUGCACUGUACUGUUCUCUUCUUCUUUUUCGAGAAAACUUGAAAGUUUGCAAUACUUUCGAAAUUUUUUUCUAAUCUGAAGAAAAAAGGAAAAAAGCUGCAAAACUCAUCGAGCGUUCAGAUAUACAAUCAAUCCCCCGGAAGAAACAUACACCGUCAUUUACUUGGGAAAUGUUCUUACUGUGAUGGCACGCGGUGAUAAUUGCUACGAGAAACCGCUUGCUUUGAUUUGGAAGGCCUACUGCACCAGAAAUCGCUCAGAUUUAGGAAUGAAUCUCGAGGUUUUUGAAAAAAUCUGCAAAAAAUCAUUUCUUCCUUCAGAUAACGAGGUCUGGUCUCAAAGCCGAGACUAAGCAACAAGGGUUGACGGAGUAUUGGGCUCACAGGUAAAAUAGCCUUUCAAUAUCGGUUCACUCAUGUUCUCCUGUGCAGAAUCACUUUUUCGGCGGCUCCUCCUCAAUAUCCAAAAGUUUUUUGCUGGAUAUACAAGCAUGAUGGAAAGAGGUAGCGAUUUCAAUUAUUUUGGGAAAAAAAUACCAAAUUUCUUCAGACUAAAGCCCGAAUUGCGCUGUCACGCGGUAUUGUGUAAGAAAACUUCAGAUCCAAUGAUCAUCAACAAUAAACUGCAGGAGUUCCUGCACGCCGCUCUCCAGGUUUUGUCAAAUUUGAAAAAUUAGGGCUUCACAACUUCAAAUCCAACGUUUUCAGGAGUACAAAAGAGAAAAGCUGGCUGCUCAAAACGCGCGUUUGACCGGCUCAACAGGCUGUCCUCGGCGGAAAAUCUUGUUGCAGACAGGCACGCUUAACUUUCGUCCUCCCGUCAGCCGUUCCAAGUCGGCGCCGCGGCUCGGAAGCAUUGAUGAGGAACAAGAAGUUCGCUGAUGUUUAUUUAAUUCUUUUUUAUAUUGAUUUAUUUAGGAGGAGGAAAUCUCCGAUAACGAGUCCGUGUGCUAUCGCGCUGCCCCUGACAUCGUUUCGACAGCCUCGUUCAGCGCCAGCGAGCCGUCGAAUCCACCCGAGUCCAGUGGCCAAGGUAAAUACGAUUGUGGGUUGAACAAGUUGAUCUAGACAGUUUUCUCGGAAAAAUAAUCAAUCUACAAUUACAAUAUCUUUAAAUAUAUUCGAAAAUGGAGUAAUGAAAAAUUCAAAGAAAAAACUCUAGAACUUCGAGAAACCUAGAAACUUUUGAUGAAGUAAGGUUCAGCAACGCUUAAAAGUUUCUUUCUUUUUUUCAAAUGAGUUUUCAGCGACGAAUGCCUGGGCUGGAUCAAGCGUUUGCUCGGACGACGAACGACAUCGUCCUAACAACCGAGGAGAGCCUGACAGCAUUUCCGACGAAAGCGGUUAGUGACGUCUGUUUCGAGAAAAGUGAUAUAAUACAAAUUCUCGACUUUACUGAAGAUGUCUUCAUUUCGAAACGUAAAAUGGAGAUUUUUGUCAGAUUUCCAGAAUGUCGUCAAAUAUUUGGUCUCCUCUUUUCCAAAAUUUAGCUUUUUCAGCCCUUUUUUUGAUUAUCUUUUUUUCGAAUAGUAGAAAAAAACUUGAAUACUAAAAACACUCAUUUAAUAAAAAACCAUUAAACUCACGAACUUGUGGACUUCAAAAUUAUUCUGACGAGGAAGUCCUGUUUUAAGCACUUUGAAAUUUUCUGAGAAUUUUCGGUCUUUUCGGGGUGAGUUUUGGUUCUAUGAAUUUCAAAUAUCUAAGUUUAUCAAGAAUAAAGGCGGGCAAGUAAAAAGUUUUUGAAGAUUUUUUUAAAGAUUUUUUGAGCAAAUUGACAGAAAAUUUUGAAUUUUGAGCUGAAAUGACCUCUAUUAACAUUCACUGCUUGUUUCAUAGUUAACUCAAAACUCUCAAAAUGCGCAAGCGAAAAAAAAAUGAUUUGUAAUUUUCAGGAUACCAUGAAGAAGGCAAGUUGGUGCGAGAGUCCAGCGAAGAGAUGUACUACUCAGACGGAGACCUCGUCAUUCUCGAAGAGGACUAUGACGACGACGAAGAAGAGCUCGUCACGUCACUAUGA